UUCAACAGCAGCGCUCAGCGCACAUCUCCUGCUGUCAUUGGGCCCAUCUCGCUGGCUCUCGUUGGCGAUUGGAUGGAGAUGAAUAUUAACAGUUCCUGCCAUUAUGGGCUUGUGACGUCGAGCGUGUUGCCAGUCACCCACAGUCAUUUGCUUUUGUGGACUUUGGGAGAAAUUUGUGCUUGAGCAUGCAGAUAACUGCACAGUGUUAUGACUCUGCUUUGCGGAUGAUGGUGAAUACAGAGGACAGGCUGUCAGAACCAUUUCAAAUUUGCAGUUAAUUUAAGAGAAUUUACAGCACUGUCCAUCAUCAUCAUGGAGAAACAACAAAUUGUGCUGGGUAACCGGGAUAGUGGGGCAGUGUCUGGAGCAGCACCUGCUUUUUUUGUCAUCCUGAAACAGCAGCAGGGAAAUGGUAAAUCUGAUCAAGGAAUUCUAGUAGCAAACCGGGAUGCCUGUGCCCUCGCAAGUAGUGUGUCAACGCCACUAAAAUCUAAAAUAAAGACUUGCCUUCCAGCUGAUUGUACAUCAGGGAGCAUCACUGUCACCUUGGACAACAACAGUAUGUGGAAUGAGUUCUACCAUCGCAGCACAGAGAUGAUUCUGACCAAACAGGGGAGGCGUAUGUUUCCAUACUGUCGAUACUGGAUUACAGGCCUAGAUUCCAAUCUGAAAUACAUCCUAGUCAUGGACAUCUCUCCUGUAGAUAAUCACCGUUAUAAAUGGAAUGGUCGCUGGUGGGAGCCCAGUGGGAAGGCAGAACCCCAUGUUCUGGGACGGGUGUUUAUUCAUCCAGAAUCACCCUCCACUGGUCAGUACUGGAUGCACCAGCCGGUAUCUUUCUACAAACUCAAGCUUACCAAUAAUACUCUUGAUCAGGAGGGUCAUAUCAUAUUGCACUCUAUGCACCGCUACCUCCCACGGCUUCACCUGGUACCUGCAGACAAAGCUACAGAAGUUAUCCAGCUGAAUGGUCCUGAUGUCCACACCUUUACCUUCCCACAGACAGAGUUUUUUGCAGUGACAGCCUAUCAGAAUAUCCAGAUUACCCAGCUAAAAAUAGAUUACAACCCUUUUGCUAAAGGAUUCAGAGAUGAUGGACUAAACAGUAGACCUCAGCGCGAUAUGAAGCAAAAUAGUAGCUCAGAGCAUGAAGGAGGUAGCAUUUCCAGCUCUCCCAGCAAUCUUGGCCGCCCUAUUGAAACUGAUGGAUUAGAUUUACAGCAGCGAGAUCUUUUAGAUUCUUCAUUUAGUGGUCAGAAUGCAAUGGACAUUGAUUUGGAGAAAGAAUCCUUCAAUGCAGAACGUGAUUUCCUGGGCUUUCUGGAGGCAGACCUGCCUUUUAGUGAUAUGCCCAUCUUAAAACAAGAGGUAUCUGAAAGAUUUCCCUAAGUAAUGCAGCAGAGUGGUCUACACAUACUGUCAAUCUGCCUGUGCCAGCGUAUCGUUGACAUAGCUGGCACCUUGCAGGAUGAGGUAAGCCUGAUUUCU